AAUAUAUAAAGUUUCUCUUUUCAUGAUCGUUAUUUGUGCGAUAGCAGGAUAAAGUCUGAUCAUCUCUGAAACUGCUUGCUUCUUUGGAAUGAACUGAGGCUGAUCUUUACAAGUAGUCUCUUUUUACAUCUGAUAAGAGGGUCCACCGACUCGUCCUACUGUUGCAAUGCCUUGUCUGCUGGGCCCGUCUCUCUUGUGCUGCCUCCUCCUCCUCGCCUUUCCAUUAGCCUCCAGUUCUGCUUCUAAUGCGGACACAGUGGUCAUAACCAGCAGUGGCCCUAUUAAGGGCAAGCAGUUUUUAACUGGCCCUGGAUCUGUGACAGCCUAUCUAGGCAUUCCUUAUGCUGAGCCUCCCCUGGGGAAGUUGCGUUUCCAGAAACCUCUUCCACAUCAGCCAUGGAGUCAAACAUUGGAAGCCAUCAAUUUUGGCAAUUCCUGUCCUCAAUUUAUUUCCCGGGAUUACCCUGAAGCAGGUAUAUUUUCUCCUAAAACACCACUGUCAGAAGAUUGCCUUUCCCUCAACAUCUGGGUGCCACACCCACAACCUUCUUCACCAGUCCCUGUUCUGGUCUGGAUACAUGGAGGGUUUUAUUUAAUGGGCACGUCUUCUCUGGAUGUGUUCAAUGGGGCACCUUUGGCUGCCACUGAGAACGUCAUUGUGGUCACCAUCAAUUAUCGUUUGGGAGCUCUGGGCUUUCUGUACUUGCCACCAGCUGCUCCGGGAAACCUAGGCUUAUGGGACCAACAGCUGGCCCUGAAGUGGAUAAAAGAGAAUGCAGCUGCCCUUGGGGGAGAUCCUUCUCGGGUGACCCUUUUGGGCCAGGGUGUUGGAGCAUCUUGUGUGAAUUUCCAUCUUCUCACACCAAAAAGCCAGGAUCUUUUUGCCCAAGCGGUGAUCCAGAGCGGAACAGCCAAUGCCCUUUGGGCUUGGAAGACUCCUGAGGAGACCAAACAAAACUCACUGGAAUUUGCUUAUCUACUAGGUUGCUUAGAAAAAAAUAUUAGAAGCAUAGUGCAUUGUCUGCAAUGUCUGCAAUCAAAAAAUGUUUCUGAAUUAAUUCAGCACGAAGAAUCUCUGUUGGGGAAAGGUAGCACCUUUCCAAAUUUUCGCUUUAUGCCAACUGUAGAUGGGGAUUUUUUGCUUGGUGAUCCAGAAAAGCUCAUGGAGGAGGGGAAAAUCCAGGUAAAACCUGUUCUCAUUGGAAAAACCUCUGAUGAAGCAGCCCUGCUUGCCGCCAUUAUUAACCUUUUCGUUGUUGAUACUCUCAUCAGUCAGGAGCAGCUUCUGAAAGGGAUAAAACUCUGGCUGCCAAAUGAAACUGAAGAUUUUAUUCAGACUAUUGCACGGAGGUACAGUGAAGGACAUCACGGCCCAGCACAAUACCGCUCUGCUCUGACCCAGUUCUUUACAGAAUGGAUCAUUGCAUGCCCAGUGAUUGAAGCAGCAAGUAAUUUCAGGAAAACUGGGAGUCCUGUAUAUGCCUAUUUAUUCGCACAUUACUCCUCAUGGUCAUUUUGGCCUCAAUGGAUUGAGGCAGUUCAUGCUGCUGAGAUUCCUUACAUUUUUGGAACCCUUGACUCAGUGCAGCCCUUUAAUCUAACAUAUACAGAGGCUGAAGCCAGACUGAGCCGUAUGAUGAUGCAUUACUGGGCAGAGUUUGCCAGAACUGGGAAUCCUGCUGGGUUGGGGGCCACCAAGGAUGAGUGGCCGCUCUUUAAUGCCACGGAGCAGAAUUUCUUUGUUCUUAAUACCAAGUCAUCCCAGGAAACAGAGAAAGGGCUUGUCCACCACUGUGGUUUUUUAAAGAGCCAUUUUUCAACGCUGAAGACCCACGCUGAAGCCAGACUGAGCCGUAAGAUGAUGCAUUACUGGGCAGAGUUUGCCAGAAUUGGAAAAGUCCGAAGGUGAUUCAGACUAGGAAGAAAGUAGGAAUUCAAUGCUUAACAGCAGGAUCAAGUUGGAUGAUUUCAGAAAGGGGCUAGACUUUUUUUCUAAAUAAGAGCUUCCCAUUGGCAUUCUAAACAGUUGCACUUUUGUGACUCAGCCUCGCUGCGUGGAGUGGAAGCUUUCCAAGCUGGUGCUAACGGCUUUUGCGGAAGAGAAAUGAAUGAGUCAUUAAGAGUAACAUAUAAAAAUAUUACACAGAGCUGGGAAAGAGGAAGCAUGGGAAUGAAACUCAGCAUGGGUGGGGUGGGGGGAAUCAAUUUUCAGAGGAUUGGGACUAUUUAAUAAACAAAUGGAGACAUAAGGAAUGUGUCCUUGUCACCCACAGUGGCUUGUAAUGAAUUUUAUCAGAACAUUCCCAUGGGCAAACCUGAAUCUCAAGAUACAAAUAUUUCUUCUAACUAAGACCAUUGUCCUUUCCAGAUAACUGAAGGGCAGGAAGUAACUUGAGAUAUAUUAUGUUAUUACUUAUGUAUAUGUAUGCAUGCAUCGUUUCUCCCUCCAUUUUGAAAUGUGUAAAUAUGAGUGCAUCCUUUUAACUGCAGGAAUUCCUCCCAUUAUUUUCUGGAGGGAAUUUCUCUGGCCCCUCACUGUUAGCAAUCAAGACUGCUGCAAGCCUUGAUUAUUUGAUCUGGGUGCUGAAUUUUGAUUCCACAAACCCCAUCUUGUUUAGCAUAAGAUGGGAAUGAGAGAGCUUCUUAGAUGGAUAACUAAAAAGCCACACACAACCAGGCAGAGAACACACAUACAAUAGCCCAAAUAACACACAUACAAUAGCCCAAAGACACAUUCUGCAAGAGUGAAGUUCCCAGAAUGUGGGCUCCAGCAAGAGUCCAAAAACCCGGAAGAUUAAACUCUUGGUUCCAUUGAUUGAUUCAGAUUGGAUCGUUAGGUAAACUUUUAAGUUUAAGAUUAAGGCCCCAGGUUAGAUAUCAGGAAACUGUGAGUUGUUGUCCUACCUUAACCAUGAAACCGGAUGGAUGACCUUGGAUCAGCCAUGCUCCCUCAUUCCAACUCACUUCCCAAUGUUGUUGUUGGGGAAAAUAGGAGAAGACAGUUGUGUUGGAUAUGUUCACCUCCUUGAAUUAUUUAUAAAAAUAAUAAAGGCAGGAUACAAAUAAUAAAUAAAUAAAUAAAACCGGCCAUUCUAUCCUACUACAGAGAAGAGCAUCCUGGAAUCUCUGCAUUGCUUGUUUCUUGAACUGGCCUACCAGGAAGGGCUGCCACUUAGGUUGAACCCCUUUGUGGAAGGCUUCCAAUCUUAAAGGACCAUUUGAAGACCUGCUGUAGCUAUAAUUUUGUUGGCUUCAGAAUAGCAUUUAUGUGUUUAUUUCUCUCGGGAACCAAUCAAGACUUUUCUUCAAAAUUUAUGAGCUGUGCCAGAGAACCUUCUAGAUGGAUCCAUUGUUCUUUUAGGUGGCAUCUUGGAAGAUGAUUAAGGAGCCAACUAAAACCUACCAAAUCUUUGCUGUAAAUAAUAAAUUCUUAGGAGUAAUUACUUAUCUCGUAAUAAAUAACCUCUUAAUAAAUAUCGCCUGAAUUCUUUGGAUAAAAAUCCUGUUAUCCUGACAAUAACUUAAGAACUUGAUGUAGUAAGAAAAUAAAUAAAUAAAGCAA